UUCCUGAAGUUCAAAAUAAUCAGGAUUACAUUUUGUUUUUACCACACUGAUCAUUGCAUUUCUCUUUUACCACAUAGAGGUAUAUAUAUAUGUGUAGAGGACGCAGACAUGGAGGCUGUUCACACUCAGGGCAUCUGGCUGGCUGAGAGUCUCCAGCAGAGGAUGAUAGAUCAGGAGAAGAUGUGGCUGGUUGUUACUCACAUUGGAGAUCCUAAAGCAGCCUUCCUGCUCCUCUUUCCUUUCACUUAUUUCAUCAACAAACGAGCUGGAGUGGCGGUGCUUUGGGUGGCAGCGAUAUCUGAGUGGUUAAACCUGGUGUUUAAAUGGAUGCUGUUUGGAGAAAGGCCGUACUGGUGGAUAGGUGAAUCAGGUCAGUUUGUCAACAAGCAACCCAACGUUCAACAGUUCUCCUCCACCUGUGAGACCGGCCCAGGGAGUCCGUCGGGACAUGCGAUGGUGACGGCAGCAGUCUGGUGGGUCGUGGUGUCCUCACUGGGGUCAUACCUGUACUCACGUACUCACAGUGUGAUGUUAUCAGCCGCUCCCUACCUGCUCUAUGUGGUGAUGCUGGUGGCAGUUGGAAUCUCCAGGAUCUUCAUCCUCGCCCACUUCCCUCACCAGGUCGUCGCUGGCUCCAUCACAGGUUUCAUUCUGGGAGUUGUCCUGAGCCGCAAAGUACCUGAAGGUCGCCCCCUGCUGUUCUUCUUCAGCCUCAGCUUCGGCCUGCUGUUCGGUACUCUGACGCUGCACGCUGGACUGCAGCAGCUGGGAAUCGACCUCUCCUGGUCUAUUGCUUUGGCUAAGAAGUGGUGCAGCCAUGCAGAGUGGAUUCGUUUGGACACGGCCCCGUUCUCCUCUCUGACCCGAGACACCGGCGCUCUGCUGGGUUUGGGCCUGGCCCAGUACUGGAAGCCUGGCGGAUGGUCUCAGCCGUGGGCUCCGCGGGCUUUGUCUCUGGCCAUUUCGUCCAUGGGACUAUACCACGUCAAUCGUCUGCCGCUCCCGGUCCGACCACUAGGACUCUUCUACGGCCUGUUCUUUGUCAAAUUCGUCAUAGUGCCUCAGGUCGUCAUCGUGCUCGUGCCUGGACUGGUUAACCUGUUCACACACAAAAAGAAGAGCUAGAAACUAUUUCCUGUCCUUCACCCCUCCAUGUACUGUAGCUUCCGCCUGAGUUUAAAUGUCCAUUUGAUAUACUUCAUGGGUGUGUAAAGGCUCUAGGUAAUUUACUCCACAUUUUUGUUCUUACAAUUCAGCUGGCAAGGGGUCUUCAGUUUGUGGCUUCAUGUUGUUUUUAUCAUUACAAAGUGUUGGGAUUGUAUCAAAUGUUUUAAUUUACUUCAGAUUUGCAGUAAAUCUAUGUACCACAAUAAUAAUAAGUGUCAACACUGCAGUCUUUUUUUUAAAUAGUGAGUUUUUUUUUGUGGGAAAAGUGCAGUUUUGAGGUGUUGCGCAUAAAAAUAUAUGAUACAUGGCUUGAAAACCGUAUUGGGCAAGGUCUAGAGUUUGAAUGUUACCAGUCAUGAUUCAUGAUGAUGUCGAUGGUUUGUACUCACUUUAUUAACAACGUUUCAGCCCUCUGACCUUCUUCAGGGUAAAUCAGAUAGAAAAAAAAAGAUUUACUUAACUGAAACAUUGUUCAUAAAGUGAGUACAAGUGGUCAAGACGGUCAAAAGGUUUUGAUCCUACGAUCAUUAAGACUUUUUGGUCUGAAAGAACUUUAUAGUAAUUGUUAACCAAGAAACGUCAAAAGAGUACUACACCGGUUUAGCAUUAGAAUACAUAAGAAAACUCAGAUGGAGCAAUUCCAGGAAAAGCACCAUCUUGUGGUCAAACUGGUGCUCAUACUUUGGUUAAAAGGUCAACAGAUGUAUGAUGUAAAAUACACAAAUACUAACCAUAUAAUUCAACAUUAAUAGCUUUAUAAAUGUGGUAUUUUGGGGGAGUUUUAUCGAAUUGCAUCAUAUUGUACAGAUGCUUGUUACUCUGUCGACACACUGGCGUUAUAUGUUUUGUGGACCAAAGUAAGAAAAUAACGUGUAUGUUAUAUACAAAUGUUCUGUAAAAUAAAUGACUGACAUGCAGGGCGUGUUUCAGUUGGUAACCAUU